GAAACCGUGCCAGAGCGUGCAUCGCGCUUGUACUCCCGCGAGGCCGGAUCUACGCAAAGGAUUAAACAUUCUCCCCAUCAAAAUUCUUUCGGCCAACUUCAGCUUUAGUCCUAAGGAGAGUGAGCCAGUGCUCCUGUUGGAUCUGCCUGCAUCGACUGCCGGAGUGUAACGCGUCUGUAGAAAUUAUGAAAAUAAUAGUUAUUGGCCCCUGUCAGUCUGGAAAGACGGCUAUUUCCAACUACCUGGCCGAGGCGACGGAAAACUCUUCCGGGCAAUAUCAGCCUACAAAGGGAGUGCGAAUCCUGGAAUUUGAGAGCCCGCAAAUCUUGGUCAAAGGACGACAAAUCACAACGCCAGUGGAACUUUGGGAUUGCAGCGGCGACCAGAAGUACGAAAACUGCUGGCCUGCGUUUGCUAAAGAUGCACAAGGCAUUAUAUUUGUCUAUUCUUCGGACCAAAAGAAUGUGUCAACGGCGCUUGACGUGUGGUACAACAACUUCGUUCAAUCGCAAGGCGUGAAGGACUCCCAGUGCGUCGUGUUCUGCCACAGAAAGUCCAGCGAGCGCCCUGCAGGGAACCCUUCUCAACUGUCACACUUGUUCGCCCGGGUCACUUGGGUGUCGACUAGCAUAGAUGACGCCGAGGACGGCGGUAAAGGCGGAGAGCAGACACGACACGAGUUCAACAGGUUCCUAGAACGGCUGUCCAAUGAGUUGAACGAAAGGCACGACCAGGAAGAGCUCAGCAUUAUCGGGCAGGCCUGAACAUGUUUUGG